GCCUCGAACGCAGCCAGGCAAGCUGAAUGCCACUUGAUCGACAGCCGUAACGUGAAUUAGCAGUCCGACUCCCCGACCACCGGCUACCACACGAUGCGAAUAUCCUGAGCCCAGUCAACAUGGGUGCCAGCGACUCGAAGCUCGUCUUCAAGAAGGGCAUCUUUCGGCUCUCCGAGGAGCGGCACAUUCCGCCAGCCGAUGCUUACUGGGCUUCAUUCUGGGAGCUGCCCGAGUCCGCCGAGGACAUUUUUAGUCUCUUCGCCCCCGCCGAUGUGCGACGCACCCGCGACGAUGCGCUCGAGAACCUAGAGAGCUUGAUUCUGGCCGUGACGAGCCGCCUGUUUGAGCUCCGCCACCAUCCGUCCUUCCCCGACCCCGAACUUGCUCCCGAUCGAGAAGCGCUGAAUUGCGUCCGUGUCCUGACGCGGAUUUUGCCUUUCAUCUACGAAAAAGAGUCUCUCCAGCAGUGGGAAGAGAAGCUGUUCUGGUCCCCGCGGCGCAGGCGGACCCGGCAGUCGACCCUCGCCAACGAGGUCCUUUUCGACGGCGUGCAGGAUGCGCAGCAGACCAGAUCUCCCGCGGGCGAGUUUGAGGAGAUUAAGCCCCUCGCCGAGGAGCUCAUCGACACCCUCCUCGACUUCCUCUUCUUCUCCGCCCUCACCGUGCCAAAGGCUCCCCCCGGCAAGCCCAAGGUCACCUACGCCAUCUGGCAGAGCGGCGUCGGCUGCAACACUGCAAUUCCCACAACCAAAGAGCAUGAGAGCAACCGCUGCGAGAUUCUGCGCCUGCUCUUGACCCUGGCGAGCCAGAGCAUGUAUCUGUCGCCGAGCGUGUUGCCGCAGCAGGGAAUCAAAGCUCUCACGUACAUCUGCACCAACUCGGACAAGCAGGUGGUGCUCUCAGUGCUGUGCUCGCUGCUGAACACGACCCUCAAAUACAACCCGGCCAGCUGGCGUGUGCCUUACAACGCGCUCGUUUUCAAGGAUCCCAAGGAGAUCCUCGUUACUUACAGCCUUCAGUUCCUCCUGGCGACGCUGCUGUACCCCAUUCCGGAGCAGCCUGGCGCAGCCACUCCGAAGAACUACUACCGUCAUUUUCUCGGCCGUCUCCAUCGGCCCCAAGAUUUUCAGUUCGUCGUCGACGGAAUGACGCGCAUACUCAACCAGCCCCUGCAAGCCAAUUCCUCGUACCUGCCCGGAACCCAAUCUUCUGUCAGAUGCGCCCCGGAGAUCAUCAUGCUCUUCUGGGAGAUUACCCAGUGCAACAAGCGGUUCCGAUCCUUUAUCAUCGACACCGAGCGGGCUCACGACUUCGUCAUCCUCAUGCUCUUUUACGCUCUGGAAUACAAGGCGGACGCGUCCAAACAGGGGGUUGUGAGGAUGUGUGCUUUCCUCCUGCAGACCCUCAGCGUCGAGAAGAACUUUGGGAUCAACCUGAACAAAUCGUUCGAGGCGCAGGACACGCUGCCGACGGCGAUUCGGAUUGCAGGAUUCAGGGGCACCUAUGGAGACUUCCUCCUCCAGUCGAUCUAUACCCUUAUUACGACGAGUCAGGGGAAGCUUACUGCUAUCUAUCCCGCCCUUCUGGCAGUCAUCAACAACAUCGCCGCAUAUCUGGAGGGUCUAAGCGGGCCUACGUGUUCCAAGAUCACGCAGCUUUUUAACUCCAUGUCUUCGCCGUCGUUCCUUCUGGCCAACGAGACCAACCAUGUCCUCCUGCGGUCACUCCUCGAGGCCAUCAACGCUAUCGUCGAGCAUCAGUACAGCAAAAACCCCCAGUUCAUUUAUGCGAUCCUCAAGAAUAAAAAGAGAUUCGAAGCAUUGCGCUCUCUGACGCUGGAAAGCGGCCAAGAAGAGAUAGAGAGGCGGAACCGGCGACGAAAAGACAGCGGAGCCUCCCACGAUCCAUUAGAGCCCAACUCGACUCGGAGCUCGGUGGAUAGCACCAGAAGUCCGACAGCGCAGGUCUCGCGGGCGCCAACGCUAGCAAAUGUUCCAGAGGAAGACGGAACCUUCGCGAUUGGAGAUGACGAGGACGACAGUGACGACGAGGCGGGGCCGACGCCAGCAGCUUCGAGCCCCCGCGAGCAACCCUCGGCAGCAUCGUCGGUGGUGUCGGCGGCGAACGAGGACGUGCCGAGACAGCUGCAAGGCAUGUCGGAGAAGGCCAGAGGGAAACUGCCGGCAGGCACGGGCAACUUCUCGCGCCAGAACAGCACCACCAGCCUGAGCAGCCCUGUUGCCGGCCAGUCGCAGUCUGGCUUGUUCGAGCCGUCCGUUCAGUGGAUGGACAGCUGGCUUCCGGAGCUGCCUCUGCACACGACGCUGACCGUCCUGCAACAGCUCUCGGCGCUGAUCCCCCGUCCGGCCCUCUCGGCGGACACGCCAUCCGCGGCUACGCUGGGCAAGAUCCGCGACGCGCAGUUGGUGGGCGUCGAGCCUUCUCCCAUCCGCGUCCACUCGUUCGAGUGGUCGCCCCUGGCGCUCGGGUGGUACGAGUCCCUGCUCUGGGGCUUCAUCUUCGCCAGCGAGAUGCAGGUCGCCAAGGGGACCGUGGGCGUGUGGAACACGACGCAGAUCAAGCUGUUCCGCGUCCAGGAGACGGCGCCGCAGGGCCCGACGCUGACCUCGCCCCGCGGGGCGGUGGACGCGGUGGGCAGCAACAUUGUGUCGCGCAUCGGCGCGAUCAACUUGCGCGGCGUUGGCGCGCCGUCGCUGUCAGGGAACGGAAGCGGACAGGCCCCUGCGCGGGGCGCUUGACGGGACGAUGGAGAGGGCCGAGCUUACGAUCCAGACACUAGCCCGGGAAGAGGAAAUACGCGGCGUCCGUCUCUUUGCCACGGGACUUGAGCAGGGUCUCACAUGCCCUUUAUUCAGGGACGGAGAAUGGUACGGGGUGCGUUGAUGGCUAUCAAAUGAAUUCACAGCUGGGGCGUUGGGGGUGUUUGAAGGUGUUGCGGACCGGCGCACUGGCACAGCGCGCUGCUAACUGGGCAGUCGGGGUGAACAAACAUACAUAUGCCAGACACAAUUAGUCGCAGCGCGU